GUUCAAGAUGGCGGACGUUAGUGACCAACAACAUGUACCAAAAGUUAUCUUCAUUUUAAGCGGAAAGCGAAAAUCAGGAAAAGAUUUUGUAGCUAAUAAACUAAAAGAAACAUUUAGGCACGAUAUAUGCGAGAUAAUAAGGCUUUCUGGACCGCUGAAAUAUGAAUACGCCCAACAACAUGGACUUGAUUUUGGUCGCCUACUUGAUUCAACAACUUACAAGGAAUUUUAUCGUCAAGAUAUGAUCCGCUGGGGAGAAGAGAAGAGAAGGAUAGAUCCCUCAUACUUCUGCAAAUUAGUGACAAAAAUGGUGUCCUCUGCAACCCCUGAAGAAAGUCGAACAGUUCAAAAGCCCGUGUGGAUAAUAUCUGAUGCUCGGAGAAAAUCGGACGUAAAUUAUUUUAAAACGAACUACGAUAAAGUUUUACACGUUCGGAUUGUUGCUUUAGAAGACGUAAGAAAAUCAAGAGGUUGGGUAUUUACUGCUGGUGUUGAUGAUGCUGAAUCUGAAUGCGGUCUAGAUGAUGAAAAAUUCGAUUUUGUAAUUCACAACAAUGGGGACGAUAAUGAGAAACUUAACAGUGAAUUUAAUUCUUUACUUAGAUAUGCUUGUUAAUGCCUCCUCUUGUUCGAGACAAGCUUACUUUCAACAUUAGAUAGAGUUUUGAGUAUUGCAGUCUUCAAAAAAGAGAUCCUUCUAGGAAAACAGGAAAUAGGCCUGGGUUUGGACAGGGGAAUGAUAAAUGUAAAAAGACACUCUUCUUUAAUAUUAUAUUAAAGAAACCCAACCUUGUUGCAGUGAUAGAGAUAAUUGGGAUAGCAAUGAAUAGUUCAUUUAAGCCAUUAACUUUAUUUAAAGAAAUGGCCAUUAGGUAGGCAAGCUAUCUAUGGCACUGGAGCAGUUAAGGUCAUUUAAUCCCCACUUCUGUAGCUGUCACUUCAGCACUUGAAGGAGCAGGGUUAGUGACAAGUGUAAAAUGCAAAUCUUCUGAUACCUGUUACACUACAAAAUCACAAUUUAUUUCUUUUAUUUUCCAGAACACACAUUAUUAAUAUAAUA